AGCUGCGGCGGCGGUCACAAACGUUUCACGCCGUCCGACAGCAACAGACGUCGCGAGCGCGCAUCACGUCGACUCUCAUCAACAGGUGCUUCAGCCCUUCCGCCCCUCUACACACGACUCGGUUUGUUGUACGCGUUUUGACGGACGUCCGCGCCCUGUCCGACGACAGACGUUGUUUACCGUCUCGCCGGCAAGUGCGCACGGGAAACGAUCCCCAUUGGUAACCUACAAAUAGGGGAAGUUUUCGCGAACGCACGGGGUGUCACGCUGCGAAACGAUACGAUCGCCGUCAUGUCAACGUGCAGAAGUCUGCCGACUUGCAGCCACGCGACCCGUGGAAAACGCCGUUGACGGGUGCUCGAAGUCGUCGAACGCCUUCCGCCGCGGGUGAGCGUCCGUUCCGGGUGCAGCCGCCGCCGCCGCCGCCGCCGCCACUGCAGCCGCUGCCGCCCCUCGUCGGCGGGAUCGCGCCCUCCGACACCAGUACAGCUACGCGAUGGCCCGACCCGGCGUGGUGGCGCCCCUCAUCCAGUUGCUGCUGUGCGCGGCCGCUCUGCGACCCGCCUCCGUGAUGGUCAAUGGCCAAGACGCAGACUCACUGGCCAGCAGCUUUUUCUCAGGUUUGCUGGACACCAUCACCAGCACGGCGGACAGCAAGGACUGUCCGGGCGUUUGUGUGCACACGCUGGCCACUCUCAUAUGCUACGAAGUGCUGGAAAACGUUAAGUGUCCCAGCCCGACGAUGCGGUGCUGCGUCGAACCUCCUCCAUUACCGGCCAACAGUACUGCAGUUGCCGCCAACAAGGUAGUCCAAACGACCCCGGCCGCCGCGUCCAGCACCCGGCCUCAAACGGUCUCCUCUAGCAGCCAACAGCAGAGGCCGGCCGUUAAUUCGUCGUCCACGGACAAUCCGGGCAUCGUGUGUCCGGGAGUGUGUGUGGCCGAGAGAAUAGCCGACUACUGCGAAGCCGUUCUGAACGUGACGGAGAUGUGCAAGACGGGUCUUCGGUGUUGCGUGUCCAAGGACGCAUUCGCCGGCGCCGAACAUCUGGUCGUGUUGGACAGGAACUCGACCAGGAUCAGCCUGAACAACGCCCCGCACCGGCCGCCUCCACCGUCGUCCACCACGACAACGGCGGCGACGACGACGACAGCGGCCGUGGACACCUCAGCGUCUGCGGCCGCGCCUGCGCCGCCUGUGGGCAGCAAACAGUGUCGCGGCGAGUGCGUCAGCGGGUUGUUCGCCCUGUUCUGCGACGACGUGGACGCCGAAGCGUACUGUCCCGGCGACGACAGCAGUUGCUGUGUCACCGCGCCCGCCGACGGACAGUCUGGUCAACAACAGCAGCAGCCGCCGCCGCCGCCGCCGCCACGUCCCACCCAGCCGUCCAAACAAUCGUCGGCCAGGCCACCACCGUCUACCACCACGGCCACGGGCCGACCGUUACCCAAGUGCCCGGGCUUCUGUCUGCUCAACCUGAUGGCCGCUUUCUGCGAACGACCGUCAGUGCUGGUCUCGUACACGUCCACGUGUAAACAGGGUUCGGUGUGCUGCGACAACACCAAAGCGGCCGCACCGUCCACCGCGCACGCCACGCAAAAACCCAAACCCCGGCCGCCCGCGCCCACUACCACCACAGUGGCCACGCCACCCGCACCGCCCGACGAUCGGCCAGAGUGCCCGGGAUCGUGCAUCGUCCCUUACUUAUCGUUCACAUGUUUCAGAAACGCUGAAAUGACAGACGUAUUCAAAUGCCGAAAACCAGGGACGCAGUGUUGUGCUUCAAAAACACAAAUCCGCGAAGUCGUUGAACAGAAGACUGGAGUCAUCAACAACUUGGUCAAUCCGCCUCAAUCCACUCCGCCAACCUACGGUGGAUUUACGCAUAGAAACGACACCGUACCGCAGUUUAGGCCGCACGUGCCGAGUUCGUUGCAAGUGUACACCCCGUCUCCAGUCGAUUAUUCGGCGAAUCCUACAGUGUCCACGUUGACCACGUCAAAUCCUGUACCUUCCAAACCGUCGACGUACAGCAAGUACGUGUGUGGCGUAAAAGGAACGUCUAGGACGAGGACGUCGAGAGUAGUCGGUGGUGAAGACGCGGACGCGGCCGAGUGGUGUUGGCAAGUGGCGUUGAUCAACUCCUUAAACCAAUAUCUGUGCGGAGGAGCAUUGAUCGGCACUCAAUGGGUGUUGACUGCAGCGCAUUGCGUUACAAAUAUUGUGAGGUCCGGUGACGCGAUCUACGUGCGGGUGGGCGACCACGACCUGACCCGAAAGUACGGAAGUCCGGGAGCACAGACACUUAGGGUGGCCACCACGUACAUCCACCACAACCACAAUUCACAGACUCUGGACAACGACAUCGCCCUGCUAAAACUCCACGGUCAGGCCGAGCUCAAGGAUGGCGUGUGUCUGGUGUGCCUGCCGGCUAGGGGUGUCAGCCACGCGGCCGGCAAGCGGUGCACGGUCACCGGAUACGGAUAUAUGGGCGAAGCAGGUCCGAUCCCGUUGCGCAUCCGGGAAGCCGAGAUCCCGGUGGUCAGCGACACGGAGUGCAUCCGCAAGAUAAACGCGGUCACCGAAAAGAUAUUCAUACUUCCGGCCAGCAGCUUUUGUGCCGGCGGUGAGGCCGGAAACGACGCCUGUCAGGGAGAUGGCGGUGGACCUCUUGUGUGUCAAGACGAUGGAUUUUUCGAAUUGGCUGGAUUGGUGUCUUGGGGUUUUGGAUGCGGCAGAAUAGACGUACCAGGUGUCUACGUUAAGGUUUCGUCAUUCAUUGGUUGGAUCAAUCAAAUUAUAAGUGUAAACAAUUUAUAAUUUUAAACAUUCAAACAUUAGUUUGUAUUAGUUCAAAUUAAAGUCGAAUAUUGUUUAAAUUUAACUUAAGUUCAUCAAUAAUUUAUUUAUUUAUUAUUUAUUUUGUAUAUAAACCUUAAAAUUAAUUUCUAUGAUUAAAAUGACAUAAAAUAUAUUAUAUACAUUCUCGUAUAACCGUAUUAUUUGCGCAAUUUGUAAAUAUAAAAUAAAACCUUAAUUUGCGUAUUAAGUAAGUAUAAAAUUGACAUCGGUGACGUAUAAUUGUAAUACAAAUAUUUUGCCAAUAUUCAUGAUAUUAGCUAUAAGAAAAUAUUGGUGUAUUCAAAAAUAUAUGUUCAACAAAUUACAUUUAUCACAAAUCAUUUUAAUUAUAUCCAUUAAUGUUUUAUGUUUAAAUAAAUAAAUCAUUGUAUUAGAUAUAUUGAAUUUAAAAAUGUGUAAUAAUUUUAUAUAAUUAGACACUUUAUACAUUAAGGGCAAAUUAAGUUGGAAUUGAAUUUUUAGA